AUGAGGUGGGGAGGGGACGGCGGCUGCGCCCCGCGCCCGCCCAUCCGGCCUCAGCCCGCGCCCCGGCGCCGCGUGCUCACCGUGGUCUUCCUCGGCCUCCUGCUGGACCUUAUGGCCUUCACGCUGCUGCUGCCCCUGCUGCCUGGGCUGCUGGAGAGCCACGGCCGUGCCCAAGACCCACUCUACGGCGCCUGGCAGCGCGGCGUGGACUGGCUCGCCACGGCCAUUGGGAUGCCGGCCGAGAAGCGCUACAACAGCGUCCUGUUUGGGGGUCUGAUCGGCUCAGCCUUCUCCCUGCUGCAGUUCCUGUCGGCGCCGCUCACGGGGGCCUUGUCCGACUGCCUGGGGCGGCGCCUGGUGAUGCUGCUGUCCGUGACCGGCCUGGCCGCAUCCUACGCAGUGUGGGCCGCCUCUCGGAGCUUCACUGCCUUCCUGGCCUCCAGGGCCAUCGGGGGUGUGAGCAAGGGGAACGUCAGCCUCUCCACAGCCAUCGUCGCUGACCUGGACUCGCCCCAGGCCCGCAGCCAGGGCAUGGCGGUCAUCGGCGUGGCCUUCUCCCUGGCCUUCACGCUGGGACCCAUGCUCGGAGCCUGCCUGGCCCUGGAGUCUGCGCCCUGGGUCAGCCUGCUGUUGGCUGUCUGCGACCUGCUGUUCCUCUUCUGUUUCCUGCCAGAGACGCUGCCCCCUGAGAAGCGGGCACCCUCCAUCGCCCCUGGCUUCCGAGCCGCCCUGGACCUGCUCAGCCCGCCAGCCCUACUGCGCUUCUCCUCGGUGACCGCUGCUGGUCCAGCCCUGGCUGCGGGAGACGGACUUGGCAUCCUGCGCCGCCUGGGCCUGGUCUACUUCCUCUACCUCUUUCUCUUCUCCGGCCUGGAGUUCACUCUUGGCUUCCUGGUCCACCAGCGCUUCCAGUUCAGCAGCCUACAGCAGGGAAAGAUGUUUCUCUUCAUCGGGCUCACCAUGGCCGCUGUCCAGGGCACCUACGUGCGCCGCCUCGGCCCUGGCAGGGAAGUGGGAGCGGUGAAGCAGGCCAUCCUGCUGCUGGUGCCCGCCUUCCUCCUCAUCGGCUGGGGGCGCUCGCUGCCCGUGCUGGGCCUGGGGCUGCUGCUCUACUCCUUCGCUGCCGCCGUCGUGGUGCCCUGCCUGUCCUCAGCCGUGGCCGGCUACGGCUCACCGGCACAGAAGGGCACGGUCAUGGGCACGUUGCGGAGCCUGGGGGCCCUGGCCAGGGCAGCAGGACCCAUGGCGGCCGCCUCAGUGUACUGGCUGGCUGGGGCCCAGGCCUGCUUCACGCUGUCCUCGGGGCUGUUCCUACUGCCCCUCGCGCUCCUGUGGAAGCUGCAGCAGCAGGUGCAAUCCAAGGCCGAGUAACCUCCCCAAGCUCUCCCCACCCACGGGGCUCACCCCCGACUCUCUGCCAGCUCCCUGAGGUGGCCAUGCCCGCACUGAGCCAGGCU